CAGAAAUCUGUCACCUGCUGUCAGUUUGGAUCAGAACAAUGAGCAGAAGCUACAACGAUGAGCUGCAGUAUCUGGAUAAAAUCAGCAGUAACUGCUGGAGGAUUAAAAAGGGCUUCGUUCCCAACAUGCAGGUUGAAGGAAACUUCUACGUAAACGAAUCCCUGGAGAAGCUGAUGUUCGAGGAGCUUCGUAACGCCUGUCGAGGAGGAGGUGUGGGGGGCUUCCUGCCAGCCAUGAAACAGAUCGGCAACGUGGCAGCGCUGCCUGGAAUCGUACACAGGUCCAUCGGUCUUCCAGAUGUCCACUCUGGGUAUGGGUUUGCUAUCGGAAACAUGGCAGCCUUUGACAUGAACGACCCGGAUGCUGUUGUGUCUCCAGGCGGUGUGGGUUUCGAUAUAAACUGUGGCGUCCGCCUGCUGAGGACAAACCUGGAUGAGAGGGACGUCCAGCCGGUGAAGGAGCAGCUGGCCCAGUCGCUGUUCGACCACAUCCCAGUUGGAGUUGGUUCCAAAGGAGUCAUCCCGAUGGGAGCGAAAGACCUGGAGGAGGCGCUGGAGAUGGGGGUGGACUGGUCCCUGAGGGAGGGCUAUGCCUGGGCGGAGGAUAAGGAGCACUGCGAGGAGUACGGUCGGAUGCUGCAGGCCGACCCCAACAAGGUGUCAUCCAAGGCCAAGAAGAGAGGCCUGCCACAGCUGGGAACUCUGGGAGCAGGAAACCACUACGCUGAGAUACAGGUGGUGGAUGAGAUCUAUAAUGACUAUGCCGCCAAGAAGAUGGGCAUCGACCACAAAGGCCAGGUGUGCGUGAUGAUCCACAGCGGCAGCAGAGGCCUCGGGCAUCAGGUCGCCACAGAUGCUCUGGUUGCCAUGGAGAAGGCAAUGAAGCGCGAUAAGAUCACGGUGAAUGACCGCCAGCUGGCCUGCGCUCGCAUCACCUCACAGGAGGGCCAGGACUACCUGAAGGGCAUGGCUGCUGCAGGAAACUACGCCUGGGUCAACCGCUCGUCCAUGACCUUCCUCACCAGACAGGCCUUCUCCAAAGUGUUCGGCACCACGCCGGAUGACCUGGACAUGCACGUCAUCUACGAUGUUUCUCACAACAUCGCCAAGGUUGAAGAGCACAUGCUGGACGGGAAGCAGCGGACACUGCUGGUUCACCGAAAAGGAUCCACCCGAGCCUUCCCCCCGCACCACCCGCUGAUCCCGGUGGACUACCAGCUGACGGGUCAGCCAGUGCUGAUCGGAGGGACGAUGGGAACCUGCAGCUACGUCCUCACAGGGACGGAACAGGGAAUGACGGAAACCUUCGGCACCACCUGCCACGGAGCGGGUCGCGCUCUGUCUCGUGCAAAGUCCCGUAGGAACCUGGACUUCCAGGACGUCCUGGACAAACUGGCUGACAUGGGCAUCGCCAUCCGAGUGGCUUCACCCAAACUGGUGAUGGAGGAGGCUCCGGAAUCGUACAAAAACGUGACGGAUGUCGUCAACACGUGUCAUGAUGCGGGAAUCAGCAAGAAAGCCAUAAAACUGCGGCCGAUCGCUGUGAUUAAAGGCUGAAACAGCUCCACUACACAUUCAGAGACAGUUUCCACGAAAAGACGGACAAAAAGACGCGAAGACGAGACAGACCAGGAGAAGACGUCGCUUCAGUUUGGGCUUUUUUUUGUGUUUGAAAAAUGAAUUUCUGUUGAGCACAAGGCUUUCUGAUUGGAGCAGCUUGAUUUGUGUUUAAAAAGACUGUCAGCACGUACACAUUAAAGUGCAUAGAUUUAAAUCGGGGCUGACAUCACUUCCUGUUUUCUGCUCUGUGCAGCUGAUCGAAGUGCCGUUUGAUGUUUAAUUUUACCAUCAGCUGCUUGUAAUUUAUAAAAUAUGCAGCAAUAAUCCAGAUGAACUGUUUUUCCUGUUGAAAUGGGAAAAUUAUAAAUAAAACUGUGUAAACAGGACUUUGUCUUAUUUUUUUUUCUUUUAAAACAAUGAAUGGUAUAAUCACUAUUGGUUCAAACAGAAACAAUAAAAAAAAACCUAAGGGCAUUUCUUGGGGAAAUUUAUCUGAUAAUUAAGAAAGAUGUUAAUUAGAUCAGACUGGACUUGACUGGGUAAAUGAAAUGCUGAUACUGGGUUGCAUUGCUGGUUUUAAACGAUGUCACAAAAAUGGUCUCGUAUGUAAAAACUAUCCAAACUUUGUCAACAUUAAUAAUUAAUAUUUUUGUAACAAUCUCCAUAUUUCAGUGAAUGCGUUCAGAUGAGAAGAGUCAAGCUCUGGUUUGAUGAACUUAUUUUUACCAGAUUUACGUUUAAAUGACUUUUUAUGAGCGUUUUUCAUUCUCAAAAAUAAUGGACUGAACACUGUGCUAAAGAAAAGAGUGACCAAAGAAAAAUAGAAUAAAGAAAAAAAAUCUGUAAAACA